ACGAUUAGGUAUCAUUACGAUGGACGGUAAUAACUUUUCUUAUCUAAUAUGUGCAUACCUAAAUAAGCUGUUUUAACACACCACACCCAUGCUUUUGUUUUGUGACAAUGCUCAAUUUGGAUUCAUGGUGAAAUUAGAACAAUAGUGUCCAGCCAUCGUUACAAUUUUCUCGUCAUGGGCUGGAGCACAAUCAUUGUACGAUCUUUUCUGUCAAUAGUAGCAAUGCGGUACAUAGCUAAUUCAUAUCCUCAUGUCCAUGUAGCCUGUGACAAAACAUCAGUUUGAAAUCGUCACUACAGGCAUCACCACAUAAGGCUGUACUUGUUUAUUUGUACCAGUAUACAAAGCCAAUACAGUGUUUACAUUUUCCGUUACGAUAGAAUAUUCCAAAAGAUAUUAUGUUCAAUUUGUUACGUGUUCAAGUCUGGUGCACAUUAGGCUUAAGUGUGGUUUUAACUCAAGAACCAGUGACUAAUCUCCCACAAGGACGCAUUGUUGGGAUAAAAGCUUAUACAGAAGGGUCCAACACGCCAAUAGAAAUAUACUAUGGCGUUCCGUAUGCAACGCCUCCAAAAGGAAGGUACAGGUUUUCGGCUCCAGAACGGCACACGGGUUGGAGACGAACAUUUUUUGCCCAUAGAAUACCUCCACACUGUCCCCAUAUUGGAGACGAUGACAAGGCCAAUUACAGCGAAGAUUGUCUUUACUUAAACAUAUGGACACCUCGGCGCUCAGAUGGUAAAACUUUACCAGUAGUUGUGAUAUUAUUCAGUGAAUCGUGGAUAAAAGGUGGUGUAUCCCUUCCUUGCCAAGAGUUAGCAGCCGAGGGAAUAGUGGUAGUCACGGUGAUGUAUCGAUUACACCUACUUGCAUUUUUUACUCUGCGCUCUGUAGCAGCUCGGGGUAAUCUUGCAUUGUUGGAUCAAUACCUGGCAUUGCUGUGGGUUCGCGACAACAUUGCAGCAUUUGGUGGAGAUCCUACUGCAAUCACUUUACUUGGACACUCGGCCGGCGCUGAUAGUGUCCUGCAUCAUAUUACUUCACCACGAUCUCUUGGUUUAUUUCGAAGAGCAAUAAUUAUGUCUCCGUUUGAUAUUUGGAAAAUAAUUGGCGAAAAGGUUAUUGAAGUUACUGAGGUUGAACGAAUAUCUCGUGAUAUUGCAAAGUCACUCGGCUGUAACGGUGACACAGAUCACGAAAUUCUACAUUGUAUGCGAGAGCGCCCUUUGUCGGAAAUAAUGUCAUUAUAUUCGAACGAUUCCUGGAAUAGAGUUAUGCAACCGAUUUCUGACAAUUUUUUACCAGAAUCUGAACAAUUCUUACCAAAUUCAAUAAUGACUGCCUUAACAAAUCAAGCAACCAAAAUUCAACUCGAGGUUCUUCUAGGCGCGACUGAUCUUGAGGCUUUAAAUAAUAAUGUUAUGAAAUAUGAAGAAUUAAUGAAGCAAGGAAAACUUUACGCGAAUAAUAAAGUAAUAGUUGAAAGUCUUCGUUUGUUCUCUUUGGAUCGAUCGGAAAUGUUGCCAAUGUUAGUGGAAGCCGUACGUUGGGAAUAUUGGAACAAUAAAACAAGAAAUGUAAAAGAGGUACUUAGUAAUGUGGAGUUCCUGGGGCGAGUGGAAUCUGCAGCAAAAUGGAACUCGGGUAUCGUACUGAUUGCAGCUCGUUUGGCGAAGAGAGUUAAGCGCCUCUUCGUUUAUAGAUACUCACAAUCAGCUGGAGUCGACCUAGAAGGACAACAGUACAAUUUCACUGGAGCAGUCCACGGAUCCGAUUUAGUGUCUCUGUUAGGAGAUGCAUUAAUGCUCCAGGUAGCCCGACGGCCCUCUACAAAAGAGGAAAAGAGAGUUUCGUUUCUGUUACGGAGACAUUUAAUUAACUUCAUUCAAUUCGGAUCACCUGGUGAAGAAUCCAUCUGGCAACCCUACAAAUCUCCUGAUGCCAAUGUAUAUGAUAUCCACGAUACGAUAAACUCCUAUCCUUACUACCACAGUGCUGAAAGAGAUGUCAGAUUCUGGCUCCAGUAUUUGCCACAACUUAACAUUAUUUUGGAUACCACAGAGAAAACAGGAAAACUCACAGACGAGAAAGAUGAUAAUCGACUCAGAGGCGGUGUUCUUGCGAUGUGCGGUGUCACAAUAGUACUAUUGCUGCUUCUUGUUUUUUGUGCUAUAAUAUUACAUAGACAAAGGUCCCGUAGAUUUACCGUUGUUGAUGAGAAUCAUCAUUAAGCAACAUACAUGCUGGUACCAUAUACAUAACUCGUAUUAUGUUAAAUCGUCUUGUGAUGCGCAUUAAAAUGACUUUACUGUUGCACAAUUUUGCUACAAUAUACUUACAUACAUACCUCAUAAAGUAUGCGCCGGCUCUUAGGUACAGUAAAACGGGGUGAAUAGGGAUCGAGAGAUGAAUAGGGACAGAAGAGAGGUGAAUACCUACGUACAGGGAAAUUCUUCAUAGUAUCUAUUCACCCCUCUUCUGUCCCUAUUCACCUCUCGAUCCCUAUUCACCCCGUUUUACUGUAUUGUAUUAUGUUUACUCUACUAUUUUGUGGCUAUGAUUGAUGUGUAUUUUUGUAGAAAUUGUAUCAACAUUAUUUUCACCAAAUACCUUUGUAUACCUAAUCAAAUAUCUUUGUACCAACUUACAGCGAUCG